CCCAAUUGCAGAAGAUGAACAUUAAAGUUUCUUCUGUCAAAAAAAUGGUUUCUUUCUUGUGACCAAGAAUUAAUGAAGGUCAUCAUCUGAUAUUUGUCUCUUUUUUCUCUUGUUGCUGACGUGGAGAUAUGUGAUUGGUUGGUCUGAAUGUUGUGGGACCCACGUUAGUAACACUUUAACCACCAACCCUCAUGAGCCAAAAUAUCUUAAAGUUGACCCCUUUGUAGAUCAUAAAAUUCUUUGCCACUCUAUUCAAGUUAUGGAAAAAAAAAAAAGGAAAGCUAAUUGAAUGAGAGAGAGCCAUUUUUAUAUUCACAAUAAGCUGCCCUUUCAGAAGUGCUGAUCAAUGGCAAUUGAAGAAUUGGCUGUCCGUACUACUGAUAUUAUCGAUCCACAAGUAAUGGAAACCUUGUUGAUUGAAAAUCACUCAAGUGAAGCCAAGGACAUGGAAGAGAUGAGGAGUUCCAUGGAAAUAUUGAGUAGAAUAGAUUUGGACCUUGUGUAUUCUGAUGAGAAGUUGACGAAUCUUGACAAUCUUUUGAUGCGUGUUAAGGCCUGCGAAAAUGAAGUUGAAGCAAUUUCUUUAGAGAAUGAUGAGAUUUCUCCUGACUCAAUCGAGAAAGUACUGACGUUGGAUCACUUAUCAGCAAUUUUAAACUCUGAGAUAAGACAACUGGACAAUUUCUUAGGCACUCUUCAAGACCUGGUCGUUGAAGCGAGGCAAAAGAUACCUACACGCAGAGAAUUUAGUGAGUUACAUGUGAUAAUGGAGAAUAAAUUUCAUGAUACUGAAGAGUUAUUGAGACAAUCGAAGGAACGUGUCCUAGAAAUGAAGAUGCAGCUUGCCAAAUUGCAGAUGACCUCAUUAGCUUUCGACCAAAAUGAAUGGAGAUAUAGGAUGAGUUUGGAUUUAUCAGAAAUUAAUAAUUUUUCAGCAAGACAAUUGAAGCCACACGCGCAGACAGUUGAGCAAAGACGUAUAUUAAGAAUGCUGGAAAAAUCACUCGAAAGAGAGCUAGACCUCGAGAAGAAGUUGACUCUACUUAAACAAAAUGAAGAUGAUCUAAAGCUGAAACUCCGGUUAACUGAGCAAGUAGCUCUGUGCAUGGAAGAGGGUGCAGAGGUUAUAUGGGGUAGGUUCUUAGAGUCAGAAAAUGCAGCAGAGGUACUAAUGGGAAUUUCCAGAGAGAUGGUGGGCCGAUUACAGAUUGUUAACUUCAAUUUGAACGGUUCACUUCAACGAGAGAAUGAUUUCACAUCGAAGAUCGAUAAUUGCAUAGGACAGAUAAAUGCCAAAGAUAUUACCAUACAAAACCUUAAUAGCUGCAACAAACAACUUGCUGCUGAAAAUACCGAAGUAACCUCUUUAAGGGACAGGCUAAAACUUUCAGAAGAUAAGUUGAAAGAAUCCGAGUCUAAAUUACUGAAAGCAAAUGAACUGAAUGAAGUAAGCGAAGAGCGGCUUAAAGAACUGGAAUGUAUCGUAGAAUCUCAGAAAGAAGACAUCGAUAUUGCAGAACAUAAGGCUGAAAGUGCAGAGGAAAAGGUUGCACAUUUGACAGAAACAAACUUGGAACUGCACGAAGAGUUGGAUUUUCUCAAGAGUAGUAAUGAAAGUAAUGCUAAAAGAGUUAGCAUUCUCGAGAAGCAGGUCAGGGAAUUAGAACUUCAGCUACAAAAUGCUAAGACAUCGUCCGAAGCAGGUCAAGAACAACAGAAUAUGCUAUAUUCUGCCAUUUGGGAUAUGGAAACCUUAAUCGAUGAGCUAAAACAAACGGUCUUAAAAGCCGAAAGCAAGACUGAACAUGCAGAGGAACAGUGCCUUAUUUUGUCGGAAGCUAAUUUAGAACUUACCCAAGAAGUAGAGUUUCUAAGAUCAAGAGUCGAAGGAUUGGAGACUUCUUUGAAUCAAGUUAGUGUUGAGAAACUUGCUAGUGCGAAAGACAUUAACAUCAAAACCAGCUUUAUAAUGGAUUUGGUCAUGCAACUGGCUAUCGAAAGAGAGCGAGUACAAAAACAGAUUUUUUGUUUGGCCAAGGAAAACAAAUCAUUGAUCAGGAAGUUGGAGUCAACGAAUGAGCAACCGUCCAUAAAUGUACUUGAGAAUGGAGGUGAUGAUACUAGGUUGUCAUCUACUAGAGUUGCCUCAACAAUCGCUGCCGCUACAGACAGUUCUCGUGAACUGCAAACAGAAUCCUCACUGAAAAGCUCCCAGGUGAUCAACGAAUUACCUCCUGAUAAACCGACUGAUCAAAGCAGUAAGUCUUCCGUUUUGACAAAUGAAGAGACUAAUAUAGUUCUCAAUUCAGAAGAGACGGAGGUUCAGCUACAAGCAAAGCAACACCAACACAGGUACAUUGUCAUGGCAAUCCUCGUCUUAUUACUUUCAACAUUAGGAUUAUAUUUUUUUGACAAAAGAAACGACAUCCUCGAGUUGUUGUUGGUUAGAUUAUAGUACUUGUGUUGGAAUACAUUGUACAGAUUCUUUGAUUGUUUUUGUGUUGUGAUCUCUUAAGAUAGAACAAUUCUUUUAAGUAAAUUGUGUUUUGGUGGAAUGAUUAUUGCAAACUCAAGAUAGAGCCAUUUGUAUAAGCAAUUGUGUUUUAAUGGAAUGAGUAUUAUUGUUA